AUGGAGUUCGCAACCGUCUUCGAUGACCCGUGGUCUAAAAAACCCAUUCCUUUGGAGGACGCUGCUGCACAACAUCUUGAACUGAUUGAGGUAUUCCUAAAACUCAUCGCGCACUUGGGUGAUGAUAACGGUUACAUCAGCGAUGAGACUUUGGUAUACUCAGAAUGGCGAUACAUAGUCUACGCACGAAUGAUCGAGGCACGAGGGUAUUCCCCGAGUGACAUUCCACCGCCAUGGGAUGUUGCACUCAUCAUGUACCUGCAUAUGCUUUCGCCAUCGCGUUUUCACCACUACAUCUAUGAUAAUCGUUCAAGAGUAUUGGAUGGCAUAUUUGGCCUCCGUCAUCGUCACUUCCCAAUGACACAGUUGCUUUCAGGAGAGUGGUAUCCAAGAAAAAGCCGGAAACUUUGGCUGGAGGCCAACACACCUGAUCGAGCCGCUUGUCCAGGUCCAAAUCUCCCAUUCCAGCUGUGGUCUUCUCCUCCUUGGGAACAAAAGCGAGCUUCGAACGUUGUUUCCUCAGUCCUUGGUAGAAACGCAUAUCAACCUCCAAGUUCAAAUUCGCGAUGGACUACACAAACCGACAGGAGAGAUCCGGGCACAUCCAAGAAUCAAAGGCCUCGUGUCGUGAUUAUGCAUGAAUGGCUUCGUUGUAGAACAGCUGUUGCAGAACAAGGUUUCAAAGUCUGGGAAAUCGAGGCAUACACGGCGAUAAGAACGCAGCGUGUUGAAGAACGGUGCCGGAAUCAAAGUCAGCAUGAAGAGUUCAACGCAACUUGCGGACUUCGACCAUGGCCGGUACUGCAAGAUUUACGAGCCGAAUUGGAACAGCAGAUAUCGUUCUGGAAGGUUAUAGUUCAUGUGAAGAGCAUGUUACCAGGGUUUGGUAAUAGUUUGACCGAACAUAUGAAUGAUUAUAAAGACUACAUGGAUCUAAUUUGUCAUGUGUUAUGGAGGAAGGGUAAGCAUGGUCGUUACAAGUCGAAACUUGACCCAAAUAAUCAAGCCGGUUCUCGUUCAGAAAAUGAGCCAACAAAAAAACAGGUCGAACCGCGAUUCAUCCGCUUGCUUCCCCCGACCAUACAGAUUGAUCUCCUGUGGCAAACCCACCGACUUUACCCAGCCCAUUACUGGCUGUUUUGUUGCGAGCAUUCGGAGUGGGUGGUGGAGCCAGAUUCAGGCGCACGAGCUGGUGAUGUGCUUCUCAAAUACACGAAGGAGGAGUGGAAACAUGGAUAUUCGAAAGAUAUCGAGAGAGGAACGUCAGUUAGUGAAUGGUUUACAGAGUACGUUCCUUGUGCGUCCAAGCUUGCUCCUCCAGACGUGGGGCGGACCAACCUGUCCAAUAUAGUCAAUGGGGUAAAUGCAGUCAGGCAAAGAAGAGUUGUAAGAAGGACGGAAAGGAAUGAUGAUAUAAGUGGAGGUGGAGGAGCUGGAUUCAGCGGAGGGGAUGGGGGUUGUGGUGGUGAUGGUGGUGGAGGAGGAGAAUAG